GCUGCCAUCAACAAGCUGAAAGCCAACCACCUCUUUGGGGUUCGGAUUGCAGAAGGAAUCCCCCGUCCCUGGCGGCUGGUCUAUUAUCGAGGGAGGAGACUCUUUGAUCCCCAGAAUCAUAAAGGAAAGUACUCCGAGGAAGAGAAACAGGAGCUCAAGAAAUAUCAGGCCAUGUACGGCAAUAACUGGACAAAGAUUUCGGAGCUGAUGUGCCGAAGCAGCAAAUCGGUGGAGCAGAAGUUUUGUGACAUUAGAAGUGAUCCGAAGUCCGGUCACUGGAGUGAAGAAGAGACCGAGAAAUUAAUUCGGGUCGUCGCCAAGGUGCUGAGGCCGAAAGCAAAAAGCGCAGGCUCCACCCAGGACCCAAAGAAUGGCAAUCGGACGCUCCUGCUUGACCGUGAAAUGCUUUACAAGGGCAUCCCAUGGGUUCACAUUGAAGCUGAAAUGGGAACCAGAAAUUGGAAGCAGUGCAGAAAGAAGUGGUCUUCGAUCGUAACCAAGAAGCUAGCCGGAGGGCAGACGGCGCGAACGCAAUCGGAAAGCACCCGGUUCAGGAUUAAACUCAUCAGAAGGCUGAAUAAACUGGACGUCGAGGAGGAGUCCGAAAUCAACUGGGAAGACAUCUCGAGCGCCAUGGGAAAUCUCCCUCCAAACUAUCUGCAAAGCAGGUAUUACAAAAUGAAAACAUCCUAUGUUCCUUUCUGGAACCGAAAACCAUUUUCUGAAAUCAUCUAUUACCUCUACAAGAAGAAGCUUCCGCAACUCAAGAGGCGAGUCAAAGAAAGGGCCGCUGUGAAAACGGCUGUGUCGGCAGCCGCCAAGGAUAAUCUGGGGAAAGACGCCUUUCUGUUCAGUUACUUCUUUCCGGACGACGGCCAGGACUGUCCCACGGAUGACGAGGAGGAGACAGGAAAAGCCGGUCCAGACGAACAAGAGUUCUCCCACCCAUCGUAACGAUUGAGAGAAAGAAGUGAAACGGAGCUCUCAAUUUUUCAAAACGGUGAUUUCGUCUCGGACUGAGGCCCCUUUCAGAUGUUCGGCCGUACGAUCGGCUGUGGGGUUGCAGCUCCUUCGUGCUCGGCUGCCCUGGCUAGGGAGAAUGGUCGCUGUUAUCCAGCCGGAUCCAGAGGACUGGGAAAGAGAGCUGGCCCUCUCUUUUCCAUUGAGUGGCCUUUU